AUAGUGUGAUGAAUAGAGUUUAUGCUAUUCCCGGUAUUUGAUACAUAGCCAUUAGACAUGGUUUUUCGAAAAAUUUUGGUGCGUUGUAUAACAGGCUAAACGUCAAAAGUUUAAGGAUUAAUUUCAAGAAGUGGAAACAUGAAUAUCAUAGAAAUGGAAAACGAUCCGGUUGUUAAAGAGAUUCCUGUAUUCCUAUCGAAGACUCUGGCGGAUAAACUGUUUGUUGUUCAAUAUCCCGCAUAUACGAAAAAUGAGCACUAUAAUUCUAACUUUCUGAACACUUAUAUGAGGUCCAAAAAUCCGGAGAUUCGCAUGGAACUUGCGAUAGAUACAGAGAACAAACAUUUUUAUGAUCCUAAUAUGGGAGAGGAAUUGGCACAUCAUGCCAAUGGAAAAUCUAUGGGGAAUAAUGAUGAAAGGAAGGCAUUUGAUAGCGAAUUGAUGGACAAAGUCGUGCUAACCUCAGAACGGUCGUUACCAGACUGCUCAAAUUUUGCAGUCGGGGUCAUUCAGGAUGACGAAUUGCACAUCACACCAUUGCAGGGAAUGCUACGUAUGAAAUUGCAAUGUGAUUAUCUGGAUGAAAGUGAUAAGCGUACAAAGGAUGGAGCAAAAGGCGCGGGAGAAGACAACGACGAGGACGAAGAUAGCGCCGCACCGGUGAAGGUGACGUUUGCUAGACAUCUAACGGAUAACUUAAAGAAAAUACAAGAACAAUCUUUCCAGCAUCAUUCCAAGAAGAGUCAGGAAGAGCCCUGGAUACAGACAAAUUAUGUGUCAGCUUAUGACACGCAAACCGAAUUGACGAGGAUGGAAAUGUUUUGUCCAUCGGCUGAGGAGUCAAUAAAUUCUCUAAAUUUGGCGCCGAAGCAAUAUGUACAUCUAUUAGUACCGCAGUUACCUAAAGAGUCUUACUCACAAGGCGUCUCUGGAAAUCAAACAAAUCUUCACUACAUCAUGACCUUGCCUUUACUGGAUCAAAUCAGGAUAAUCAUGAAACAUGUGAAAGUCAUAUCUUUUGCAAAAUUACGUGAGAUUUUGUUGCCGGAACAUGACACAGCGGCGGUGCUCAAAUACUUGCAGCAAGUGGCUGUGCUAGUGCAGGGUAACUGGGUCGUGAACAGCGAACUAAUCUAUCCUAAGGAUAGUCUUUCCUCACAGAGCGGGGUCUCUGAACUUAUGUGCAAAGCUCGCGAUUAUAUCUUGUUAUCAUUUACGGAGCAACAAUUCCUAAAACGCAACACAAUUUCGUCCGUCAUCAAGUUAGCGCCGGAAGAGAUUAACGAAAUUUUCACAGAUCUUGGAACGCAUGAACCGAAAAAGGGUUGGCGGCUAAAAGAACCGCUCAACUGGGAUUUUUGCGACAGAUAUCCUGAGAUCGCUCAACGACAGGAGAUGUUCUGGGACGCAAAGCGGAAACACUUGCGUGAGGCGAUGGAAGCGCAGAACCAGCCGCCGCAGCGUCAGCGGCGGAAGUCGCAUCGGGAAUCGUUAGGCUCAGAAAACGAAGAAAGAAACAUCGGCCGUGGCCGGAAGUCGUUGAGGGAUUCAUCUCUGUCGGAUGAUGGCGCGACCGAACCGGCCAAGCACAAGAAAAGCAAUCGCUCCAGAAAAGUGUCGGAAACCACUACGUGACUAAAACCGAUGCGUUAAGACAACUAAUUAAAGCUCCUUUACUCACUUGUUAACUUAAUUGUCGCGACAUCCAUUUCUCAAAACUGCUUUGGGAAAUGCCAACG